CACCAUCCAUAAAUAAUGGCAUCCAGAUUCGCAGCCACCUCUACUCUCACUCUCACCACUUCACUUCUCCUCACUUCUCCCUCUCGUCUCUUCCUCAACUCUCUCCCUCUCCCUCUAACCCCCACCACCACCACCACCUCCACCUCCCUCCUCCGCCUCUCCUCCACCGCCACCCCUCUCCGCAACCUCAUGGCCCACGCCACUCUCGGCCUCACAAACCCCACCACCACCGAAACCCCUAACCUCUCCUUCACCGCCAAGGACCUCGACGUCGCCGAAUGGAAAGGCGACCUCCUCGCCGUCGCCGUCACGGAAAACGACGUCGCCAGAAACAGCGACUCGAAAUUCGAGAAUCCCAUCCUCAACUCGCUUGACUCCAAAUUGAACGGUCUGUUAUCCGAAGCCUCCUCCGAAGAGGAUUUCACCGGAAAAUCUGGUCAGUCCACGGUUCUCAGAAUCGCCGCCGGACUUGGAUCUAAGAGACUCGCCUUGGUUGGACUCGGCAAGUCCGCUUCCGGUCCUGCUCCGUUUAAAACCCUCGGCGAGGCGGUUGCCGCUGCUGCGAAGUCUGCUCAGGCUGCGCACGUCGCUGUUGUUCUCGCUUCUUCUCAAGGACUCUCUGCUCAGUCCAAGCUUAGCACCGCCUCUGCAAUCGCUUCAGGGACUGUGCUGGGGACAUUUGAGGAUAACAGGUACAAGUCAGAGUCGAAGAAACCGGCGCUGAGAUCGGUUGAUAUUAUUGGUCUUGGGUCAGGGCCGGAAUUGGAGAAGAAGCUUAAGUUUGCUGGAGACCUUGCUUCUGGAGUUGUGUUUGGAAGGGAGCUUGUGAAUUCUCCUGCUAAUGUGCUCACACCAGGGGUAUUGGCUGAAGAGGCAUCAAAGAUUGCUUCAACAUAUAGUGAUGUUUUUACUGCAAAAAUAUUAGAUGCCGAGCAGUGUAAAGAAUUGAAAAUGGGGUCCUAUCUGGCUGUUGCUGCAGCCUCAGCAAAUCCUCCUCAUUUUAUCCAUCUAUGUUAUAAACCACCAAGUGGACCUGUCAAUGCCAAGUUGGCAUUAGUUGGAAAAGGUUUGACUUUUGACAGUGGUGGCUACAACAUCAAGACCGGCCCUGGCUGUUUGAUUGAACUCAUGAAAUUUGAUAUGGGUGGUUCUGCUGCAGUUUUUGGAGCAGCAAAAGCUCUUGGUCAAAUCAAACCUCUUGGAGUGGAGGUUCAUUUUAUUGUUGCUGCUUGUGAGAAUAUGAUAAGUGGAACAGGUAUGAGGCCUGGAGACAUUGUCACAGCUUCAAAUGGAAAAACUAUAGAGGUUAACAACACAGAUGCUGAGGGAAGGCUUACCCUGGCAGAUGCUUUGGUGUAUGCUUGUAACCAAGGGGUUGAAAAGAUAAUUGACCUGGCAACAUUAACUGGGGCCUGUAUAAUUGCUCUGGGACCCUCAAUUGCAGGUGUGUUUACACCCAGUGAUGAACUAGCAAAAGAAGUUAUUGAGGCUUCAGAAGCGAGUGGGGAGAAACUAUGGAGGAUGCCAUUAGAAGAUAGUUAUUGGGAGUCAAUGAAAUCAGGAGUAGCUGAUAUGGUGAACACUGGUGGUCGGCAGGGUGGUGCUAUCACUGCUGCUCUUUUCUUAAAGCAGUUUGUUGAUGAAAAGGUUCAAUGGAUGCAUAUCGACUUGGCUGGUCCAGUGUGGAGUGAUAAGCAGCGCUGUGCAACAGGAUUUGGUGUUGCUACUUUAGUGGAAUGGGUAUUGAAGUACUCAUCUUAAGGGCAGACUGGAAUAUUCAAAUCUUGUUUAAUCGUUGUUUUUCUGUUUUGGAGAGGUCAGUUAUAUUAUCAGUUAUGUUAGUAUAUUUUAGGCUAGCUACGUUUGAAUCCAUGGCACGUGAUAAGAACAGAACCGAAUGAAAUAUAUAAAGGAACAGAAUAAAAUGAAAUGUAAUAAAUAUUCAUUUCCAUAGUUCUACA